AUGGAUGACUCACUGAAAAUGUCCAGAAGAAAGCUAGGAGGCAGGCCAUACAAGUAUUAUAGCGACAGACAGAUGGAACUGUGCCUAUCGGAUAUAGAAAACAGAGUAUUAACUCAAAGGGAGGCGUCAGAAAAAUAUAAAAUACCAAGAUCUUCAGUAAUUCUGAAAAUAAAAGCAAUACGCAACAAUAGUAUUCGCCCACCUGGUCGGCAAUGUGUAUUCACCACGAAAGAAGAAUCCUCAUUCGUCGAUCACGCCAUCCAAAUGUGUCACUUUGGGUUCCCAAUCACUUUAUUUGACCUACGAUGCAUAGUGAAAACAUAUUUGGACAAGCAAGGAAGGAAUGUGCCACAAUUUUCAAAUAAUUUUCCAGGUCGUACAUGGGCUCAACUUUUUUUAAAGAGACACAAAUCAGAGCUUUCGCAUAGGUUCUGCAGCAAAAUUAAACGUGUCCGAGCUGCAGUAAAUGAAGAAGCUAUCAAGAACUAUUUCAAUCAUUUGAAAAUGGAAAUUGAGAAUAUCCCAUAUUGA